UUUGAUUGACUUACAAUACAAGAAGAUGAACGCCAACAACGCUAAAGAGUAUCUCUCCAAACGACAGAUUCCUCUUCUGUUUGAGAGCAUGUUGACUGGCUUGAUGUAUCACCGCCCUGAGGACCCUUUGGGUUUCCUGGAAAACUGCCUGCAGAAAGCAAGAGAGCUUGGCGGUCCUGAAUGUGUGGCCUGGGACACCUUCAUUAUGUCUGAUCGUAAACCACUACCACCCAUUACCACUGCCCAGGGAAAGAAAGCCCCCUAUAGUGGUUCUGGGCCUUACCGACGCUAUGACAGAUUGCCUCCCAUUCAGGCUCAGUUCUCCAUUGAGAGUGAUUCUGAUAUGACCGAAUCCUCUGGUCUUAUACAGGAGUAUGAUGUCUUUGACCCAUUGAAACCAAGGCCACACAUCAUAUUCAUCAUAGGUGGUCCGGGUAGUGGAAAGGGUACUCAGACAGCUAAGAUCGCAGCUCAUUAUGACUUUGAGUGUAUAUCUGUUGGAGAGAUUUUAAGAAACCAGCUGCUUCAACAUGCUCCCAGUGACAGGAAAUGGGAACUGAUUGCUCAAAUCAUUGCCAAUGGAGAACUGGCACCUCAGGAGACAACAAUUGAGGAGCUCAAACAUCAGUUCAUCAAGAAGCAGGAUGCCAAAGGUUUCAUUGUGGAUGGAUUCCCACGGGAAAUAUCUCAGGUGUUCACCUUUGAAGAACAAAUUGGCUCUCCAGAUGUAGUGAUCCUACUAGCUUGCUCUAAUCAGCAGCUGCGCCAGCGCCUGGAGAAACGUGCCCUGCAGCAGGGUCGCCCUGAUGAUAACGCCCAUGCCAUUGAGAAGCGGCUCGAAACCUUCAAGCACAACACAACCCUCAUAGCCAAGUAUUACCAGGAGAGAGGACUAAUUAUUAGGGUUGAUGCAGAUCGAGAAGAUGAUGACAUCUUCACUGAUAUCAAAGCCAUAGUGAAAGAUAAACUGUUCUCAAAGGAAAAAGGUGUUCUAUUGGAUUCAGAUCCUGUGACUGGGAAGGGCACUGAAGAAUAUUGAACUCAUUGUCAUGUUCAUGAAACCAGUUUCAGAUGACUUUUGCUUUGUGACUUGAUGCAUUAUCAUACUAUCCAUUAGAAGAUGGAUAAAUUAUGGCCAUGAAGGGAUGCACAUGGUCAACAACAGUACUCAAACAAUGAUCGACUGGGCCUAAAGAAUACCAAGAAAACAUUUCCCACAACAUUAUACCACCUUCACCAGCCUGGACUGUUGUCACAAGGCAGGAUGGGUCCAUGAAUUCAUGCUGUUGGUGCCAAAUUAUGAGGCUACCAUCUAUGUGCCACAGAUUCAUCAGAAUAGGCUAUGGCUUCAAAUGCGUAGUUUUGGUGAGUCUGUGCCUGCUGCAGUCUCGCCUUUCUAUUCUUGGCUGGAUUCAGUCUACUGACAUAAAACAACAAACUGGUGUGUUUUUUUGUGAUUUAUCUAGAGCUUUUGAAACGCUUGACCAUGAUAUAAUGUUGCUUAAACUCCGAGCCUAUGGUGUGAAUGACUUAGCCUGUAAAUGGUUAAAGUCUUACCUGACUGAAAGAUUACAAUUCACAUGCCUUAACUCUGUUUUAUCUACAUCAUCAGCUGUAACUUGUGGUGUACCGCAGGGAUCAAUUCUUGGUCCACUUCUUUUAAUUUUAUAUAUCCAUGAUCUACCAAACUGUAUCCAGGCAUGCAAGGUGGCAAUGUAUGCAGAUGAUACCAUUAUUUACUUUUCAGAUCGCAACAUCCAGACAAUCAAACGGACCAUUCAGCAAGAAUCUGUUAGACUUGUGCAGUGGUUCACUGCAAACAAGCUUUCAUUGAAUCCGUCUAAGUGUAAAGCCAUGCUAGUAGGGUCACCUAGGGCCAAGGCCGUAAAAAGCCACUUACACCUCAUACUAGCAGACACUGAACUUGAGCAAGUGGACACUUUUAAGUACUUAGGAGUUGUUCUGAACAGUGGUCUGUGGUGGACCUAUCACUAUCUCCAUGUUGCUAAGAAAUUGUCACAGGCCAUUGGUAUCAUGAAAUGUAUAAAGCCAUACCUGAAUAGAUAGGCACUGCU